GAGGGUUCUAUACGUUGCCCUUGUGUUGUGGUCCUGUGUUUUUUUUUAUUGCAUGUAUAUGCUUUGUCUAGGUUUGUUCUUUGGAGUUGUUGUUGUAGAUCUAUGACAUGCAAGGGCAGAUUUUGUGUAAAUCUACUCAAUUUGUGAGGUCUAGAGCCUUCAUCGCUCUUUACAUUGGUGUGAUUUCGUCUCUCUGAUUUAGCAUACAACUAAUCGUUAAGUAUGAUAACUAGUGGUGUGUGAUAUAGUAGAUCGACUUGCCACUAAAGAGGUCUAUCGCUGCUGUUCCUUGCUUGCUGUAGUGCAGAUGCAAAGCUUAUAAGGAGCUUGGCUCCUGAGCUUAGGGUUCUAUAGAAGAUUGUGUUAGCAGAUCUCCUUUGAUUUUCAAUGGGUUUUUAUGUCAUUUUUAGCAUUAAGAAUUGGGAUAUUUGCCUUUUAUCUUCGCUAAAGUGGCUCACGUGUCUUCUUAAGCCACCGAGAGUGGAUGGAACGGUGACAAGCUAAAAGCUGCUUCUCCUUUUUCUUGAGUUGUUUCGGGUAAUUAGACCCAUUUACAGAUUAGAGUUCCGUGUGUUUUUGGGCCUAACAUUUGAUAGGCUUAAUUUGAGAAAUUUGUUUGUUGCACCUUUUUGUGGUUGGCCCAAACCUUUUAAAUCUAUGAAAUAUCAUCUACCUUUUACGUCCAUAGUAUUACCGUCACUCAGUAACAAAAAAUUUUUACAGGUGUUUGAGAGGUCGGGCUCCCCUUGUAACCCCUCCAUCCCUCCGCCACUGCUCCCAUAGAAAACAAAUCAAAAUCUGUGCUAACUGCUAAGCCUAGAAUUUAUUCUACGCUCGACAAAGCCUAAAAUUUAGUCGACGCUCGACGGCCCAUCAGAUUCGUGAAAAUCCCCAAUUCUUCUCAUCUAUCUCUCUUUCUUUUUUUAUCUGCUAUAUUUUGCGACUAAAAUGGUUUACAUAACUUCGUGGGACGAGUUCGUUGAGCGAUCGGCACAGUUGUUCCGCGCGGACCCUGAUUCUACGCGGUAUGUCAUGAAGUACCGACAUUGCGACGGCAAGCUGGUUCUCAAGGUCACUGACAACAAAGAGUGUCUGAAGUUCAAGACGGACCAGGCACAGGAUGCUAAGAAGAUGGAGAAGCUGAAUAACAUUUUCUUCACUUUGAUGUCUCGGGGCCCUGAUGCGGAUGUGUCGGAAGUUGCAGGGAAAGAACAGACAGAAGCACAACCAGGGAAGAAAGGAAGGGGAAGGAAACAAUAGCUUUGUUGGCUGCUAGACAAGGAGAAUUGGGACAUAUCUUACGUGACUUGUGGAUGAAUUAAAUGAAUUUUUGGAAUGCUCUUAGACUCCGUGUGGAGUGGAGGAUCCAUACUAGUGCCAUUUUUAGGGAUUACCUUUGAAAAAAUGUGGGAUAUUCUUUAUAUAUAUAUAUAUAUAUAAAUUUCUUUUAUGCGGCAAUGAUUCUAUCUGAAAUAGAGUUUUAUUGAUAUCA